AUGGCAGUGGCAAGGCGGAUUACAAUCAUUGGGAGAUUAUCCUCUUUGCUCAGCACUUACGAACAAGCUUCGGGGCAACGUUUAAAUAGGGAGAAGACUGCUAUAUUUUUUAGUAGGAACACCCCUAUAGAUGAUAAAAGGAGAAUAUUGGAAGUAGCAGGAAUCCCAUCUUCACAGAGAUAUGAUACCUAUCUAGGCUUACCGGCCAUUGUGAGGAAGUCUAGAAUGAGAGCUUUUAAUAGUAUAAAGGAUAGGGUUUGGAAACGCCUUCAAGAUUGGAAGCUAAAAUUCCUAUCCCAAGCAGGAAAGGAGAUCCUCUUGAAAGCGGAGGAAAAUAGCCUUAUUGCAAGAAUUUUGAAGGCGAAGUAUUACCCAAAUUGCUCCGUCCUAGAAGCACAAGUGGGGAAUAAACCUUUUGUGUGGAAAAGUAUUCAAAGUACUUCGUCACUUGUAAAAGAGGGUUUAAUCUGGAGAAUUGGGAAUGGGGCUAGUGUGCAUAUCUGGGGUGACAAAUGGCUUCCUACACCUAGUACUUACUGUGUCCAAUCUCCCCAAAAAAUUCUGGCAGCAGAUGCAGUGGUCAGUACUUUAAUUGAUCCAGAUGCCCAUUGGUGGAAGCAAACUUUGCUGGAAGAGACUUUUAGCCCAGAGAAAGUUCAUGUGAUUCAGAGUAUUCCAAUUAGUUCAAGCAACCAGCCUGACACUCAAAUCUGGAGAGGCUCUGCUAAGGGAGAGUUCUCUGUAAGCAGUGCCUACCAUAUAGCAAAGGAGCGGGAAUCACUAUAUACUGCUGAGAGUUCUAGGAGAGUUGAUGGCAGUGAUAUCUGGAGAAGGAUGUGGCAACUGAGUAUUCCAAAUUCUUGGAAAAUUUUCUUUUGGCGGGCAUGCCAUAACCUACUGCGCACACGGGAUAACUUGGUGAGGAGGAAAGAAAUCAAUUAUCCAUCAUGCCCUUUCUGCGAGAAGGAAGUUGAAACUACCUUCCAUGCUCUCUGGGGGGUGGGGAAGGAAAAAGAGAUUUUUAUUGAAAAUGCUAGGCGUCUUUGGUUCAGAAGGAACAAAUGGAUUCACGAAGGGGUCUUCACACACCCCAAUGACCUCGUGCUUGCAGUUGGUACUGCAGUAGAUGAAGUCCAGCAGGUUAACAUGACAAAGAUACCAAAGCAUACUCUUCGGGUGGAGGCCCAACAACAAUGGAAGAAACCACCGGAGGGGUGGCUUAAAGUAAACUGUGAUGCUGCCCUUGAUGUGAGGAAUGGCCGUAUCGGAGUGGGUGUUUUGGUGAGAGACCACGAGGGAAGGGUGAUGGCUGCAAGAAGUGUCACGAAGUCUGGAUUCCUAGAACCUACUGCAGCUGAGGCCUUGGCCUUGUUUGAAGGUGUUCGGUUAUGCAAGGAUCUGGGCAUUCUCAAUUUAAUAGUAGAAGGUGGCGCUCAGGUAGUGGUCAAUGCCAUUCAGGCAAGGGAUCCGACAUGCAGUAGAUUCGGCCAGCUCAUUGACAACACAAGGUCCCUUCUAAGGGAUUUUCCUAGAUGGCAAAUCAUAUAUGUGAGUAGGAAUGCCAAUAACGGGGCCCACAAACUCACAAAGGAGGCCACAAGAUUGAUCAUGGACCGAACUUGGAAUUAUUCAAUUUCGGAUUGUAUCUGUGAUCUUGUUUCAACUAAGUUUUCUGCUCAUGUUGUUUGA